AGAAAGUGCAUAUUCUGUGAAGACGAUGGGAUCCGAUAGUGAUUCUUCGGAUUCUGGUAGUGAUAAUGAUUCUUCAUCGUCGUCGUCCAGUUCGGAUGCUCCUGCUCACAGCCCAAGUGGGGACGAGGGAUCUCCUGAGAAGGACGAUGUGAACUCCGCUGGGGAAGGUGAUGACGGUGAAUCUUCUUCGAGAUUAAUGGAAACUCAAGACGUGUCCAUGUCCCAGUUGGAGAACAGUCGAAAUCCAGAAUCUGCUCAAGCAGAUGAUUCUUCCGCGGUGUUCUUGGCUACCCAGGAUGUGUCACUUUCCCAGAUCACCGGAGUAGAUGCAUCUGAAUCCGAGCUGAACCGUGAUGAGUCCCAUUCAGAAAUCAACAGUACUCAGGACGUUUCCGUGUCACAGUUGUUAGCAACUGACCAUGAUGAUGUACCUAUGACGCAAGACGAGUCUAUGACGCAAGUGUUGGCAGUUGAAAAACGAAAGGAUGACGUCGAAAUGACUCAAGAUGUUUCCAUGUCUCAGUUGCCCCACGAUUCGUCUACCGAAAUUAAUGAAGGAGAUUCACAACUCGCCACACAAGAUACGUCGUUGGAAGACUCACAUGCUGUAAAUGAGCCGAAAUCUCCCAAAUCAAAGUCUGGAUCCGAUGCCGACAGCGAGAGUGAUUCUGGGAAGUCUGGAUCGGAUGACGGGGAUUCAGAAAAGAAGAAGAAAUUGGUGAAAAAGCGAGUUCGUAGAGGGAUUCUAGAUUCAGACGACGACGAAGAAAAUACUGAACUGUCGCCUACGAAACAUCGGAAAUCAAGAUCAAGGUCAAAUUCUGCAGCAUCGUCCGGAUCGGACAGUCCUGUGAAGACAAAGAAACAGAAAAAGAAGCAGCUUGGUUCCGACUCGUCUGGGUCAGAGAGUCCCAAGAAGUCUUCGAAGAAGAAGCCCGGUUCCAAUUCUUCCGGAUCAGAUAGCCCCAAAAAAACAAAGAAGCAGAAGUUGAAUUCCGAUUCGUCCGGAUCAGAUAGUCCGAAGAAGACGAAGAAGCUAAAGAAGAAGCAUGGUUCUGAUUCAGGCUCCGCAUCGAGCUCAGAUUCUGAUAGCAAGAAAUCCAGUGGAUCCGACGUCGGAAGAAAAGUGGGUAAAAAAUCCGACUCCGAUUCGGAGGUUGUGUCGAAACGCGCGAAGAGAAGCGGCUCGAGUUCUGGCUCUGACGUCGGCAAGAGUCGCCGCAAAAGUCGCAAGUCUUCCGGAAGUGGUUCUGAUUCAUCUGUAGGCAAGAAGAAAGCGUCAAAAAGCUCGGGUUCAGAAUCCGACGUUGGACCGAAAAGAAAGAAGGCGCAGAGAUCAGGUUCAAGUUCUGGUUCGGAAGUUGAAAAUCGAAAGAAAAAAUCGAAGAGGUCAAAAUCGAGCUCUGGUUCCGAAUCGGGAUCAGGAGUGAGGGGACGACGAUCUGGCUCAAGUUCUGGAUCAGGUUCUGACAACGAAGAAGGCAAAGAAAAAGCAAAUGAGGAACCUGCGGUUGUGGCGGAAGCUGCCGAGAAACAAGUCGUUUCUUCAAGCGAUGAUGAGAAAAAUCGCCCUGACGAUGAUGAUCGUAAUUCUGGAGUUUCCGAUUUUGAUCUGAUGAUGAUGAAGAAAAAGGCGGAACGAUUGACUAGUCGGCGGCGCAAGCGAGGCACGGACAUAAUUUCUGAUGCUGAUGACCUAAUCGCCCAGCUCAUAAACGACAUGCGUGAUGCAGCUUUGGAGGAUCGGGAACUUUUCAAUGCGAAACAGCCCGCGAUCAAGAAGUUGACACUUUUGCCGUACGCGCAUAAGAUGCUGAAUAAGGCCGAUCUGCAAAUGGCGUUUUUGGAUUCUAAUGUGCUCAGCGUGUUCUGUGACUGGCUUGCACCGAUGCCUGAUAAGUCGUUGCCGGCUCAAAAAAUUCGUUCUACUCUUCUCACGCUUCUUCGCAACUUUCCAUCACCGGACAAACACACCUUGAAGACCAGUGGAGUCGGCAGGGCUGUGAUGUAUCUUUACAAGCACCCGAAAGAAACGAAGGAAAACAGAGCAAUGGCUGGAAAAAUCAUCGCCGAAUGGGCCCGACCGUUAUUCAACAACACAACGAAUUUGAAAGCCAUGUCCAAAGAAGAACGGGAAGCCAGAGACCAAGAUCAGUUGCCUUAUGCGAAGCGGCGAAGGACUGAUGGAAGUGAUGAAGAAGAAGAAGCGCCGAAGGUACCCAAGAAGAGCAGCAGAGAGGGUCGAAAUUUGGAGACGCAAGACGACGAGAACAAACCGAGGCGGCCUGGGGAUCCUGGCUGGAUCAGCCGUGCGAGAGUACCGAUGCCUUCGACAAAGGAUUACGUUAAUAGGCCGAAGUGGAGCAGUGAGAUUGACAUGUCCAGGAUAACAUUGAAUUAUAAUGAGAAAAAAUGGUUCGAAUUCCAGCAACAAUCUGGAGGUUCUAAGAAGGAUUCGAGAUACGAUCGACAGAUGAAGAAAUUCUUGGAGAAGAAGCGCUCGAAAAAGUCGUUGCAAGCCGUGCAGAUUUCCAUCGAAGGUCGGAAAAUGGCGCUUUGA